GCGGUGGUAGAUGCUGAAAGAUAAGUCCGCUGUCUGUGCGCAAUCGCAUUUUGAGUUAUCACAUAUAGCUAAUUUUCUGGAAUUGAGAGAUACUAUUUCACUCCGAAGAGAAUUUAAAAUGGAUGAGAUGGAGGAAGAAUUAAAAUGCCCUGUCUGCGGAUCGUUUUUCCGGGAGCCGAUCAUUCUACCGUGCUCCCACAACAUCUGCCUGGCUUGCGCUCGGAAUAUCCUAGUGCAGACCCCGGACGCUGAAUCUCCGCAGAGUAGCCGUGCUUCUGGCUCGGGAGUCUCCGACUAUGAUUACCUGGAUCUCGAUAAGAUGAGCUUGUACAGCGAGGCGGACAGUGGAUACGGUUCGUAUGGUGGCUUCGUUAGUUCCCCGACCACCCCUUGCCAGAAAUCCCCAAACGGGGUGCGUGUUUUCCCCCCUGCCGUCCCCCAACCCCCUUCUCAGCACCACUUGCUAGGACACCCAAGUUCCCUACCUCCAAUCCCACGCAACUCCUGCCUCACAUGCCCGCAGUGUCAUCGCAGCCUCAUCUUGGACGAGAGGGGGCUCCGCGGGUUUGCCAAGAACCGGGUGCUGGAAGGGGUCGUGGACCGGUACCAGCAGAGCAAAACAGCCGCUCUCAAGUGUCAGCUCUGCGAGAAGAGUCCCAAAGAGGCCACUGUGAUGUGCGAGCAAUGUGAUGUGUUCUACUGUGACCCUUGUCGCUUGAGGUGUCACCCUCCCCGAGGUCCGCUAGCCAAGCAUCGCCUCGUACCCCCGGCACAGGGCCGGGUAAGCCGUCGGACAAGUCCCCGGAAGAUCUCUACUUGUACAGAGCACGAACUGGAGAACCUGAGCAUGUACUGUGUUCAGUGCAAGAUGCCGGUGUGUUACCAGUGUUUAGAGGAAGGGAAGCACGGAACACAUGAAGUCAAGGCUCUGGGAGCUAUGUGGAAACUGCACAAGGGCCAGCUGUCCCAGGCCCUCAACAUCCUGUCGGACCGAGCUACAGAAGCCAAAGAGUUCCUGGUUCAGCUGAGGAACAUGGUACAGCACAUCCAGCCCACUGAUGGUCCAGGGAGACCCUUACUCGUGACAUCAGGGUGGGGAACGCUGAAGGAGAACGGCGUGGAGUUCGAAGCCUGUCUGGUGGCGCAGUGUGACGCCCUCAUCGACGCCCUGAACCGACGCAAGGCCCAGCUGCUGACCCGCGUCAACAACGAACAUGAGCACAAGCUGAAGGUGGUGAGGGAUCAGAUAUCUCACUGUACGGUGAAGCUGCGUCAGACGACAGGCCUGAUGGAGUAUUGUCUAGAGGUCAUCAAAGAGAACGACCCCAGCGGAUUCCUACAGAUCUCAGACGCCCUGAUCAGGAGGGUGCACAUGACAGAGGGUCAGUGGGGGAAGGGAACCCUGACCCCCAGGAUGACCAGUGACUUUGACCUGACCCUGGACAGCGGACCCCUGUUACAGACCAUCCACCAACUAGACUUCAUACAGAUGAAAGUUCCGUCUGCCCCCAUGCUCCAGCUGGAGGAAUGCUGCACCAUCAACAACAGCGCCACGUUGUCAUGGAAACAACCACCUCUCUCCACCAUCGCCGUGGACGGAUACAUCCUGGAGCUGGACGAUGGCAACGGGGGACAGUUUAGGGAAGUGUACGUGGGGACGGAGACGAUCUGCACGGUGGAUGGACUCCACUACAACAGCACCUACAUGUCCAGGGUCAAAGCCUUCAACGCCAGCGGAGUAGGACAGUACAGCAAGACGCUGGCCAUGCAGACCUCCGAGACUGGACAAUCCCCAUGUGAUAUGCAAACGCUAGCCACAGUUGCCUGGUUCACCUUUGACCCCGCGUCGGCCCACCCUGACAUCAUCCUCUCCAACGACAACCUGACGGUGACGUGCAACAGCUACGACGACAGGGUGGUCAUGGGUAAUUCAGGCUUCUCCCGCGGUGUGCACUACUGGGAGAUCACGGUGGAUCGCUAUGACAACCACCCGGACCCUGCGUUCGGGGUUGCCCGCGGCGACGUGCUGAAGGACGUGAUGCUGGGUAAAGACGACAAGGCCUGGGCCAUGUAUGUGGACAACAACCGCUCCUGGUUCAUGCACAAUAACUCACACACCAACAGGACGGACGGGGGCGUCAGUGAAGAGGCUACAGUAGGAGUGUUGUUAGACUUCACCAGAGGGGUGCUCAUCUUCCUCAUCAACGACGAACAGCAGGGUCCUGUGGCCUUCGAAGGCAUCGAGGGGAUCUACUACCCUGCUGUCAGCCUCAACCGCAACGUACAGGUGACCCUGCACACCGGCCUGCCCAUUCCUGACUUCUACACUCCAGGGGAAGCAGACCUGUCUGGCUCAGUGUGUUAAGGAGUUGACUCAGCACUGCAGUGAAGCAAGACAAUGGCACCCUAUUCUCUAUAUAGUGCACUACUUUAGACCAGAGCCUUAUAGAACCCUAUUCCCUAUAUAGUG